GCACCCAUUCGGCAGUCAGUAAGCGUUCCACCACAACAAGUUGUCCCCAGUUACGUUCUGUGUUUGUACCAAUUCGAAACGAUGAUGUCGUCGCGGAAAAAGAUCACCCCCAUGUUCAACGACUAUCUGUACGAGGCCAUCCGGCGGAUCGCCGUCGAGCAGGGUUUCACGCCGGAUCUGUUCUCGGUGGACUUUGACGAGGAGACUUGCAUCGAGUGCGACGGAUUUGUGAAUUUUGUGUUCAAAGCUAUUAUAAAUGGAGACGAUCGUGAGUUUGUGUUGUGGUGUAAGGUGCCGCCCAAUGAUGAUAAGCGAUCGUUGGCUCUGUUCAAACGGGAAGUGUUCUUCUAUCGGGAAAUUCUGCCUGCUUUCUUUGAGUAUCAAGCGGAAAAGGGUAUCUCCCGUGAGCAGGGAGAAGGAUUCUACAGUGCACCCAAGUGUUAUUUAGCUCAUUGUGACACGGACAAGGAAGAGCCGGAAGCUGCUAUUAUUUUGGAGUACGACGAGAACUACGAGAAAUGGGACUGGGAUAAGCUGGAGCCGAUCAAUUUGGAACACACGAAGCUGUUGAUGGAGCAGCUGGGUCGGUUGCAUGCCAUUUCCUUUGCCAUGAAAGCCCAGAAGCCGGAGCUGUUCGAAAAUUUCAAAUUGAAAGAUGUCCUGGUCGAGAACAACGAUUUGGUGACACUGAUGAAGGAAUCGUUCGACCGGGCCUUGACCACUAUGAAAACGCGUUUUGCUGCAGAACAGGAUAAGAUUCAGCGGAUAAAGGACGACGUAUUUCGGGAGUUGACAGCAUGUUCGGAUCCGGAAAAGGCGGAACCGUUUUGCGUUGUUAGCCACGGUGAUUGCUGGAUCAAUAAUCUUAUCUAUUCACAUGACGAGCACAACGCCGCCACCAGUGUCAUCCUCACGGAUUGGCAAUCCUCCCGGUACGCGAGUCCCUUCCUGGACCUGGGGUACUUCUUUUUCAUUUGUGCCGGUGCUCAGUUUCGCAAGGACCACAUGGACGCCCUGCUGCAGCACUACCACAACGCACUCAAGGACCUGCUGGAUCGGUUGGGGGGUGACACCGCCACGCAAUUUCCCUUCACCGCCCUGCUGCGGAUAGUUAAACCCUACCGGGAGUUGCUGCUGGACGAUUGUUGAGCUCAGGGACAGCAAAAAUGCCGGUAGAAACCAGUGAAAAAUGUUCGAGCAAAUACAUCAUCGAAACCGAAAGUGGUCGUA